UAGUCAGUUCCAAUCAAUACUCGACUUGGACGCGAAAGACAUGGCGGGAAUUCAGAAUUCUGCUGGCGAAAUGGACAACAAAUUUCCUUGUAAAGACGAGUACAGAAAGUAUCGUUCGCCUCUGGUGGCCAGAUAUGCUUCCCCCGAGAUGGCUUUCAACUUUAGUGAUGUGAAGAAAUUCACGACAUGGCGGAAACUUUGGCUUUAUCUUGCGAAAGCUCAACAGACCAUUGGCCUUGACAUCAAAGAUGACCAGUUGAAGGAGAUGGAGGACAACGUGGGCAACAUUGACUUUGAAAUGGCAGCUGCCGAGGAGAGAAAGAGGAGGCACGAUGUCAUGGCCCACGUCUACACCUUUGCUCAGUGCUGCCCCCGUGCUGCCUCCAUCAUCCAUCUCGGAGCCACCUCGUGCUACGUCGGAGACAACACGGAUCUGAUUGUUAUCAGUGAUGCCUUCAACCUCCUACUGCCCCGUCUUGCUCGAUGCAUCCAGCGCCUUGCCAGCUUUGCCGAAGCUCAGAAGAACUUACCAACGUUGGGAUUCACACAUUAUCAACCAGCACAGCUGACCACAGUGGGCAAGCGGGCCUGCCUGUGGCUCUCAGAUCUCCUGAUGGACCUAAGGAAUCUGACCCGGGUCAGGGAUGACCUGCGCUUCCGUGGGGUCAAGGGCACGACGGGCACCCAGGCCAGCUUCCUGGCACUGUUUGACGGGGACGGGGAGAAGGUGGAUCGACUGGACAGGCUGGUGACAGAAAUGGCGGGAUUCCAGAGGUCCUACAUUGUAACCGGCCAGACGUACAGCAGGAAGGUGGACAUUGAUGUCUUGUCUGCACUGGCCGGCCUUGGCGCUACCAUUCACAAGGUUUGCACGGACCUACGGCUUCUGGCCAAUCUCAAGGAAGUGGAGGAGCCCUUUGAGACGGACCAGAUUGGCUCCAGCGCCAUGCCGUACAAGCGCAACCCGAUGCGCAGCGAGCGUUGCUGCUCGCUGGCACGCCAUCUCAUGACGCUGGUAGGGGACCCCUUGCAGACGCACGCCGUGCAGUGGUUCGAGCGGACGCUGGACGACAGCGCUAACAGUAUUGUUCUCCUCCCAGUUCACUUGCCCUGGUGCUCUUUUGAUGAACACAGUCGUGGCCCGACUCCUUGGCUGUUUGACGGUGAUGACAUCUCCCCAGGUGGUCAUGCUUUUCAUGUGUCCGGUAAUUUCGUCCGAGGUGAGUUUACGUAGAAACCGGGGUGCAGCUUGGAUGAAGGCUCGUGGAGUCAUAAUUGGUCCUUGGAAAAGGCAAAUGGCUCGCUUGAUUUCCUCUUGUGUCGGUUGGCGAAGUUCCGUGUCCAUCACAGAAUUGAGUGUUGAGGAAAUGAACUGUGGGGAAGCAAGCGUGAAGAAAUUUUGAUUCAUGUAGAACGUGCGUUGCCCGACACAAAUUUGUGUGUGUUUGUGAAGACGUCAAAGUAAAACCACCUAUUUCUGAAGGAGUGAAAAUGACGUACGAUGAACUGAAGCUGUUGGAACCGUUUUAUCAGACAUUUGGCAUUCCAGUAUUGGGAGAUGAGUAUCCACUCGCAAGCUAUGUGAGGGGGACAUCCAUUUCCAACUAGAAACAGAAAUAGUUUGAACGUAGAUGUAUCUGACAAAGGUUUUUGCCAGAAUAACUUGGCGAAUGUGCUGGGCCAGAGACGGAUUGGCCAAAAAACGUCGCCGUUGAUGAGACCAAAUAACUCCUUGCGUUUAGCAGUAAUAUCGGUUUGUGACAUAUGACUGAUGGCUUGUAAUACUUUGUGUAAAUCCGCGAAAUUCACAAAUUCGGAAAUGUCAGUAAAAGAAGCCAUGUUCACUGGUCAUUGUGUUCACGAUC